AUGAACGGUCACGAGAUCGCCGUCAAAUGGCUCAUCGAAGCCGAUGCGCAAGUGAACCGAAGCGACAGAAAUGACAAAACGGCGCUGAUGCUAGCGAGCGCCAACGGUCAUGAUCGCGUCGUCAAACGCUUGCUCGUCGCCGGCGUCAACGUCCACCUUUGCGACAAUGUACAAGUCGUCUGCGCGUCGCAACAAAUUUUGACGAAUUGA